UUGUAUUUAGCUCUCUUAUUCAACUUUGUUACUUCGACGUUAGCAGGAGUGUUUGAGCGGCUGCCACUUCGAUUUCAAGAUGCCACUAUAGAUGUGCAUUGAAGCGGGUUGUGUAAGAAGUGUUAGAUUUGGUGUUUUCGAGUUUUGAAAAAUGGUGAGAAUCAGUGUGCUGAACGAUGCUCUGAAGAGUAUGUACAAUGCGGAGAAGAGAGGGAAGAGGCAAGUUAUGAUCAGGCCUUCUUCCAAAGUGAUCAUCAAGUUUCUCAUUGUCAUGCAGAAACACGGUUACAUUGGUGAGUUCGAGUACGUUGAUGACCACAGGUCUGGUAAGAUCGUGGUUGAGCUUAAUGGAAGACUGAACAAAUGUGGAGUCAUCAGUCCUCGUUUUGAUGUUGGAGUUAAGGAGAUUGAAGGUUGGACUGCUCGUCUUCUUCCUUCCAGACAGUUUGGUUACAUUGUUCUUACAACCUCUGCGGGUAUUAUGGACCACGAAGAAGCCAGGAGAAAGAAUGUUGGUGGCAAGGUUCUUGGUUUCUUUUACUGAAGGCAAUGGCUUUGAGAGAAUCUUCUUGUCGGUUUAUACUUUGCUUCUCCUUUUGGUGAGAUGAGGAAUUCGAUUGAGCUCAAAGUUAAGGGUAGUAGAGUUUUGGAUGCGUUCUUCUAUUUGUCUUAUUUUUAGAUAAUAUGCCAUUUUGUUCGUUUUGGGUUUUGCGCAACAGUUGUUAAAGACUUGCCAAGUAGACAGUAAAUUUCAAUUUCUGUUUUCUUAAAAAAAAAAACUUGCUUUCCUUGAGCUAAUCAUCUAUCUGAGGCGUUUCAAUAUCAUUGUUAGAGGUUUCUGCCUCAUUUUGUUCCAUUUUAUCCAAGGAUGAGAGAUCAAUAUCA